AUGGGUAACCAACAAAGUUCUGCCGUCCAGCAUUGUCUCGAGCAAGCUGUCGGAAAGGACCAUGUCGCCUUCAAGAACACACCACUCUACCAGAUCUCACACGUCAAGCCCUACAACCUCGGUAUUCCGGUGACACCAGCGGCGGUUACCUACCCCAAGACGGUGGACGAAGUCUCUGCGAUCGUCAAAUGCGCAGUCGACAACAGCCUCAAAGUUCAGCCACGUUGCGGUGGACAUUCAUAUGGCAACUACGGUAUCGGCGGUCAAGACAACACCAUUAUAGUCGAUAUGAAGAACUUCCAGCAAUUCUCUAUGGACAAGUCCACCUGGCAGGCCACAAUCGGCGGCGGCACGCUCCUUCGCGACGUCACUGAGCGACUACACGACAACGGUAAACGCGCCAUAGCCCAUGGAACUUGUCCACAAGUCGGAAUCGGAGGUCAUGCAACGAUAGGCGGCCUGGGACCGACUUCACGCAUGUGGGGCACCACUCUCGAUCACGUUGAAGAGGUGGAAGUAGUCUUGGCGAAUUCGACAGUGGUGCGCGCUUCCGAGAAGCAGAACCAAGAUAUCUUCUUUGCGACAAAGGGUGCUGCAGCCGGUUUUGGCAUAGUCACAGAGUUCAAGAUGCGCACGCAGCCCGAGCCUGGCGAAGCAGUACUCUACUCGUACAACUUCCACGGCGGCUCUUCGGCCUCCCAGGCUGACGCAUUCAAGCAGUGGCAGAAGCUCGUAUCCGACCCGAGCCUUUCGAGGAAGUUCGCAAGCCAGUACAUUCUCACCGAACAGCUCGGCGCCAUCAUCACAGGCACCUUCUUCGGCAGCCAAGCCGAAUUCGACAGUCUGAACAUCACAUCUCGUCUGCCAAAGAGUACGACCUUGGAAUCGAUAGAGCUCAAAGACUGGCUGGGUGUAGUAGGCCACUGGAGCGAAGACAUUGCUCUGGAGAUUGUUGGCGGUAUCCCAGCCAACUUCUACGCGAAAUCUCUUUCGUACACGGAGAAAGAUAUCAUGCCCGACGAGGCCGUCGACAAGAUGUUCAAGUACCUCGACGAAGCAGACAAAGGCGGUGCACUGUGGUUUAUCAUCUGGGACCUUGAGGGCGGCGCUAUCAACGACGUCGCGCCUGAUGCUACAUCCUACGGCCAUCGUGACGCGCUGUUCUACCAUCAGGCUUACGCUGUUAACCUCUUUGGCAAGGUUAACGAUAAGACUCGCAAUUUCCUCAACGGCUUGAACAACGUCGUUCUCGAUGCGGUCCCCAACCACAACCAAGGAGCGUAUGCAGGAUAUGUGGAUCCUGCCCUGGGUGAGAACAGCGCGAGUCUGUAUUGGGGUGGUAAUGUGGAGAGGUUGGAGCGGAUUAAGGCGGAGGUUGAUCCGUUGGAUGUGUUUCACAAUCCGCAGAGCGUGAGGCCGGCGAAGAGAUAG